CUGGGCAGAUGAGCAGCAGUAAAAACGAUCUUCAAAAGUCAGUUGAAAUUUAGUCGUGAACGCGAACGCAGGUCCGGUAAACAAACAUACCUAUAAGAAAAGUUUCUCCGUUUUGGAUUUAAAAUUCAAAUUUUAUUUAUUAUUUUGCUCUCUCUCUCUCUCUCUCUGUUCGCAAACUUAUCUACUGCCUGUUCUUAAUUAACUCAUAACCGACACGACGGUAUAUUAUUUUGAUUGCAUGUUGACGACUUCGAUAACGACUACGACUACGACAUCGUUAUCGUGUGCAUAAUGAAUCGUGCUAACAGCAGGUAUAAUCUCUUAAACGUCAUUGUCUUGAGAUCUGUUCGUGUUGCUGCGGUUAUCGCUAUAGCGGUUUUCUUUUCCCAUCAUGUCACUUUGACAGAAGGCAAAAUCUUUGAACGUUGCGAAUUGGCACAAAUAUUGAGGUAUAGUCAUGGCGUUGACCUGAAUGAUGUCGCUAAUUGGGUUUGCAUUGCCCAACACUCAAGUUCGUUGAACACGUCGGCUUUUGCGGGUAAUGCAAAAAUCGGUACACAUGGUAUUUUUCAAAUUAGCGAUGAAUAUUGGUGUUCGCCGCCGGGCAAAGGGGUCGCUUGCAAUGUUCCAUGUUAUAAAUUACGUGACGAUGACAUUAGUGAUGAUUUGGAGUGCGUUCAGAAAAUUCGAAACGAACACCAAGGACUGUCUGGUGAUGGUUUUAAUGCUUGGAAUGCCUAUCAGGUUUAUUGUAAAGAAAAUCCGUUUGAGUACAUUGAAGAUUGUUUUGGAAAUGAGGAGAGGGAAUAUAUUCGUUCUAAAUCUAUUACAACUAAUUAUGUAGUAGAUGAGAAUGAGAAUUCUUAUGAUUCACACUCUUCUCGUGGGAAGGUUUAUGGAAGGUGUGAAUUGGCAAAGGAGUUAUUCCUUAAACACAAAAUGCCAAUGGAUGAGAUACCCACUUGGGUGUGUAUCGCACAGCAUGAAUCGCAUUAUGACACCUCUGCGGUAGGUCGACUUAAUGCCGAUGGUAGUGCCGAUCAUGGGUUGUUUCAAAUUAGCGAUUUGUAUUGGUGUUCGCAGAAAGGCGGCCAAAGAAAGGCUUGCGGACUGCCGUGUAGUAAAUUCCUUGAUUCUGACAUUACCGAUGAUGUGAAAUGUGUGAAACAGAUUCAUAAAGAGCAUACGAGAAUAUCGGGAGAUGGGUUCAAUGCAUGGACGGUUUAUAAUGCUCAUUGUCACGAAGCGAAUGAGAAGUAUAUCCGCGGUUGUUUCGAUGGAAUUGAUGUUGAAGAAUCGAAGAUUUCAGAACAAUAUAAGGCUUAUGCCAAGCCUAGUAAAGGUGAUACAGGUAAACCACAUGGGAAGGUGUAUGAUCCAUGUGAGCUCGCAGAGGAUCUUCGAAAUAAAUAUCACCUACCUGAGGAUCAGAUUGCAACUUGGGUCUGUAUUGCGAAACAUGAAUCAGGCUAUAAUACCUCUGCCAUUGGUUAUGGAGAUCAUGGACUCUUCCAAAUUAGUGAUAUAUAUUGGUGUUCUCCUCCAGGAAAGGGUUGGGCAUGUGGAUUAUCUUGUUCGGAACUUGAAGAUAGCGAUAUUAGUGAUGAUGUUGCAUGUAUUCGGAAGAUUUAUGAUGAACAUUCUCAUCUUUCUGGAGAUGGUUUUAAUGCCUGGACUGUAUACCCAAGAUACUGUAGUGAUGGGAGGGCAGAAAAAUAUAUCUCCCAUUGUCCUGGCCGAGGGGAAACUCUUCGUGGAGCUGCUUCCUACACAUCAUAUUCCAAAGCACUCACCUCAAAUUCCAUAGGAGACUACCACCCUUCGGCUAAGGGCAAGGUCUAUGGACGAUGUGAACUUGCAAAUGAGCUACUUGACAAAUAUCAUAUGCCAAUGGAAGAGAUUCCAACUUGGGUAUGUAUUGCCCAUCAUGAAUCGAACUUUGAUACCUCAGCUGUUGGUCGGUUAAAUGCUGAUGGGAGUGCUGAUCAUGGACUAUUUCAAAUUAGUGAUCUGUUUUGGUGUUCUGAUGAUGCUGAUGAAUAUGGAAAAGCUUGUGGACUUCCAUGCAGUAAACUGUUGGAUAGUGAUAUUAGCGAUGAUGUUGAGUGUGUCAAACAGAUUCAUGACGAACAUACAAGGAUUUCAGGAGAUGGAUUUAAUGCUUGGACAGUUUAUAAUGCAUAUUGUAAGGAUCUAUCGGAACAGUAUAUUCAGGGUUGUUUUGAUGGCAGCGCAUCGGUUGAAGAUUUUAGACCUAUUCCAAGGAUACUUGAUAGUGGUUAUCAGUCAAAGAAUAAACCAAAAGGUAAAAUCUAUGAAGAUUGUGAAUUGGCGAGGGAAUUGCGUGACAAACAUCGAAUUCCAAGAGAUCAAAUAUCAAGUUGGGUGUGUAUAGCCAAACAUCAGUCAGGUCUAAAUACUUCAGCAACGUCUGCUGAUUCACAUGGAAUGUUUUACAUAAGUGACGAAUUCUGGUGUUCACCACCAGGAAAAGGUAAAGCUUGUGAAUUACAUUGUUCCGACUUAGAAGACAGUGAUAUAACCGAUGAUGUGCAGUGUGUAAAGAAAAUCUACGAUGAACAUCAAAGAAUUUAUGGAAAUGGAUUUAAUGCAUGGAGAGUUUAUGAUCAACACUGCAGCAAUGGCCGAGCUGAUGAUUUUACAAAUCAAUGUCAAGGUUUUGAAUCGACUGCUAGAAAUUCCAUAAACUAUGGAGAAAAUCAAUAUAAAUUUGGUGGACGAUCAAUUGAUUUCAAUAAACCAGUAUUUGAUCAUGAAUUUAAAGCAAAUCCUUUCUUAAAACAUGUGGAUAUGAUUCAAAGUAAAUCAACAAUUAGUCCAUUUUUAAAUGGAUUACCAUCAUUAAAUUCAUAUCAAAAUAGUUUUGCUGAAUCAUUUAGUGCAAGUGAAGAUGUUUUAUCAGUUAAUCAUCCAGAAUAUGUGAGAAAUCCAUUUUUGGCAUUUGCCAAUUCUGUAACUCAAAAGCCUACUUUUAAAACAACAACUUCAACUCCAUCAUGGAAAAUUCCCUUUACACAAAGUACAACUGUAUCUUAUCCAGGUUUUAAUAAUUUUAACUUCAACAACUUUAAGUCAACAAAACCAGCUGUUCCAGUUAAAUCUUAUGCCUGGUCAACACCAUCUCCAACAACUAUGAGUGAAGAAAGGGCAAAAUAUGAAUACUUCAAAACAUUUACUACUCCUCCGCCAUUUGGUUUUACAGUCACACCAAAAGCUAAUCGUUUGCAACCAUAUCAUUUGAAUACAAUCAAGUCGUCAUUUGAAACAACCGUUCCAUUCUGGUUGACUACAACUACUCCAAAACCAUUAACAAAUCGAAUUAGUCAGAAUAAUGUUGCAGCCGUUCCAUUUUGGUUAACUACAACAACUCCAAAACCUAGCACACUUUUCCAGUUUUAUGGUCCAAGCACUCCAAAAAGUGUAACAACCACUUCAUCUUGGCGAACAACAACAACUACGAAGCCAUCAACUAACCGUUUUCAGUUUAAUGAACUGACUUCACAAAAAAGUGUUGCAGCAACUCCAUUUUGGCUAACUACAACCACUCAUAAGCCUACAACUCGUUUGCAAUCGUCAUCAAACAUACCUUUUUGGCAAACUACUCAGAAGUCUACAAACAUACCUUUCUGGCAAACUUCGUCAACAACUCAAAAACCGACAACUCGUUUGCAAUCUUCAUCAAACAUACCUUUCUGGCAGACUACAACAACUACUCAGAAACCUGCAACCCGUUUGCAAUCAUCAUCAAGCAUACCUUUCUGGCAGACUACACCAACCACUCAAAAGUCAACAAACGUACCUUUCUGGCAAACUUCGUCAACAACUCAAAAACCGACAACUCGUUUGCAAUCGUCAUCAAACAUACCUUUCUGGCAGACUACAACAACAACUCCAAAGCCAACAACCCGUUUGCAAUCAUCAUCAAACAUACCUUUUUGGAAAACUUCAACAACCACCACUCCAAAGUCUACAAACAUACCUUUUUGGCAAACUUCAUCAACAACUCAAAAGUCUACAACUCGUUUGAGUAGUGUUUCACCAUUGGGAGCUCUACCAUUUUGGCUAGUUUCAACAACAACUUUGCCACCACCUACAAGUCGUUUCCAAGUAUAUCAGUCUCCAACCACAACUACAAAAUCUCCAGUAAGUUCAAAGGUUAUUCCUCUUCCAGUUCCAACAUACCAAACGUCACAAAUUAAAAGUUCCACUAAACUGUAUGCCACGCCAUCUACAACAAAAGCACCUCAAAAAGCUGGUCAGUAUAAUGCUGGACAGUAUAAUUCUGGCAGUUAUAAAUCCGGAAAAUACGAAGCUCCAAAAAGCAUUUCAUCAUCAACAACAACAACAACAACAACAACAACAACAACAACGAAAUCACCAACAACAAAAAGGGCUUCCACUUCAACAACAAAGUCAUCAUGGAACUCUUGGCAAGUCUCCACAACAACAUCCAAAACUACAAAAUACGAUCCUUUCCGUCAAUUUCCACCUACGACAUUGAAGCCAAAAACUACAACAACAACUUACGGUAAAAAGUCUGAGUCAUCAAAGUCUGCCAAUUUAGGGGCAUACGUUCCUUAUAAACCGCCAACAACAACAACAAAGUCUCCAACAGCAAAAUCACCAACAACAACAAAGUCUCCAACAACAAACAUUUGGAAUGCGUGGUCAACAUCAAAAUCAACAGCAAAAACAACUGCCUCAACACCAACAAAACCAACAACGACUAAAAGUACCAUAAAACCAUCAGUUACGGGAUCAUAUGCAUUUUCAACAAAACCAAAAUGGACUACUUCAAAGCCUUAUACAUUUUCAACCACACUUAAACCCAGCUUAAAACCAGCACAAAAGUUUUCUUUCCAAUUCACCACACCACUUCCAAAAGUACCUUCCAGUACUUCCCGAUCAAUUGCAAAUUCAACAACCCCGUGGUCAUAUGUCGCUCCGACAAAAACUCAGCCCCAUAAGUCAACAACCUCAUCGAAAUUUCCAAGUCUACAAACAAUAAUUCCACCCUGGGCAAUAACUACUACAACACAACAACCUCCAACUACAACGACAAAGAGCAAAAUAUCUUCCGCCGAAACAACUUCCAGUUCAAAAACUAACAUUUUCGAUUUAUAUUCAAAAUUAUACGGCAUUAAACCUCAAAGUGGAACUAAAACGACUUCAUAAUUCACACACCAACUGUCACUCCCUUAUGUCAAAACCGUAAACCUAUAAAUAUUCCAAUGACAAUUUGAGUGGUUCUAAGUCUUAAAAUUAAAUAAUAAUCAAAUCUAACAGGUCUAGUUCUAGUUAAGUCAGCUUUGUUUGUGUUUUGUAUUUUUAGUUCCCGUCAACAGUUAUGUUGGAUAAAUGAUAAUUAUACUAUAUCAAAACUAGACGGACUGAUUUUUAAAUAAAUGCCAUAAAUUAAUAAAACAAAAAACAAUGAAUUUAAAAAAAGAUUAUUAUAAUUUUUGUCUGUUAUGUGCCAGUUUAUUUGUUAGAUAUUGAUAUUAAGUAGAUACAAUUGACUCGCUAGUUAGCUUAUUGAUUAAGUAUAUAUUUUGUUUUAUAAACUUAAGUCAGGGUAUUAAAAUUUUCCU